CGCCGGGGCCGGAGUUGGGGAGCGGGCCGGCCGCAGCCCAGAGCCGGGAGGGCCACGGCCGCCGGAAGAGUAGCCGUCGCCAGCCGAGCCGGGAGCGUGGGGAGCGGAAGCGGCGGCCGCGGCGGCGGCAGGCGGCGCUGGGACCCGGGAGCGGCCGGAGAACAAGGGAGCUGGCGGCGCGGCGGGCGCGGGGCUGGGCUGAGCCGCUGGGCCGCGCCGAGCGCCGCCGCCGCCGCCGGAGAGGCCCGGCCCGGCCGCCUGAGCAGGCCGCGCGCGGGCCGCCGGGCCCGAGGCCGGAGCCAUGGGCGAGACCAAGAUCAUCUACCACCUGGACGGGCAGGAGACGCCGUACCUGGUGAAGCUGCCGCUGCCCGCCGAGCGCGUCACCUUGGCGGACUUUAAGGGCGUUCUGCAGCGGCCCAGCUAUAAGUUCUUCUUCAAGUCUAUGGACGACGAUUUCGGAGUGGUGAAGGAGGAGAUCUCAGAUGACAAUGCCAAGUUGCCCUGCUUCAAUGGCCGGGUGGUGUCCUGGCUGGUGUCAGCUGAAGGCUCACACCCAGAGCCAGCUCCCUUCUGUGCUGAUAACCCAUCGGAGCUGCCACCUCCCAUUGAGCGCACAGGAGGCAUUGGGGACUCCCGGCCGCCAUCCUUCCACCCUCAUGCUGGUGGGGGCAGCCAGGAGAACCUGGACAAUGACACAGAGACGGACUCCUUGGUGUCUGCCCAGCGGGAGCGGCCUCGCCGGAGGGACGGCCCGGAGCACACAACCCGGCUAAAUGGAACUGCAAAAGGGGAGCGGCGGCGAGAACCAGGGGGUUAUGACAGCUCGACUACCCUCAUGAGCAGCGAGUUGGAGACCACCAGCUUCUUUGAUUCCGAGGAGGAUGACUCCACCAGCAGGUUCAGCAGCUCCACAGAGCAGAGCAGUGCCUCACGCCUGAUGAGAAGACACAAGCGGCGGCGGCGGAAGCAGAAGGUUUCCCGGAUUGAGCGGUCCUCAUCCUUCAGCAGCAUCACGGACUCCACUAUGUCACUCAACAUCAUCACGGUCACUCUCAACAUGGAAAAGUAUAACUUCUUGGGCAUCUCCAUUGUGGGCCAAAGCAACGAGCGUGGUGACGGAGGCAUCUACAUUGGCUCUAUCAUGAAGGGUGGGGCCGUGGCUGCUGAUGGACGCAUCGAGCCAGGAGAUAUGCUGUUACAGGUAAACGAGAUCAACUUUGAGAACAUGAGUAAUGACGACGCAGUCCGGGUACUGCGGGAGAUUGUGCACAAACCAGGGCCCAUCACCCUGACUGUAGCCAAGUGCUGGGACCCAAGUCCACGUGGUUGCUUCACAUUGCCCAGGAGCGAGCCCAUCCGGCCCAUUGACCCUGCGGCCUGGGUCUCCCACACUGCAGCCAUGACUGGCACCUUCCCUGCCUACGGCAUGAGCCCCUCCCUGAGCACCAUCACCUCCACCAGCUCCUCUAUCACCAGCUCCAUCCCUGACACAGAGCGCCUAGACGACUUUCACCUGUCCAUCCACAGUGACAUGGCUGCCAUUGUGAAAGCCAUGGCCUCCCCUGAAUCCGGGCUGGAGGUCCGAGACCGCAUGUGGCUCAAGAUCACUAUCCCCAACGCUUUCAUCGGCUCGGAUGUGGUGGACUGGCUGUACCACAACGUGGAAGGCUUUACUGACCGGCGAGAAGCCCGCAAGUAUGCAAGCAACCUGCUGAAAGCUGGCUUCAUCCGCCACACUGUCAACAAGAUCACCUUCUCCGAGCAGUGCUACUACAUCUUCGGUGACCUCUGCGGCAACAUGGCCAACCUGUCCCUCCACGAUCACGACGGCUCCAGCGGUGCCUCUGACCAGGACACACUGGCCCCUUUGCCGCACCCGGGGGCUGCCCCUUGGCCCAUGGCUUUCCCCUACCAGUACCCGCCACCCCCGCACCCCUACAACCCGCACCCAGGCUUCCCGGAGCUGGGGUACAGCUACGGCGGGGGCAGUGCCAGCAGUCAGCACAGUGAAGGCAGCCGGAGCAGUGGCUCCAACCGCAGCGGCAGCGACCGGCGGAAAGAGAAAGACCCGAAGGCUGGAGACUCGAAGUCAGGUGGCAGCGGCAGCGAGUCGGACCACACAACCCGCAGCAGCCUGCGGGGGCCCCGGGAGCGGGCGCCCAGCGAGCGCUCGGGGCCUGCCGCCAGCGAGCACAGCCACCGCAGCCACCACUCGCUGGCCAGCAGCCUGCGCAGCCAUCACACGCACCCGAGCUACGGCCCCCCUGGCGUGCCCCCUCUCUACGGCCCCCCCAUGCUGAUGAUGCCCCCACCGCCCGCGGCCAUGGGACCCCCAGGAGCCCCCCCAGGCCGUGACCUGGCCUCGGUGCCCCCCGAACUUACUGCCAGCAGACAGUCCUUCCGCAUGGCCAUGGGAAACCCCAGUGAGUUCUUUGUGGAUGUGAUGUGAGCAGGGCCCCUCCCCCACUUCCAUCCCACCUCUAACCUGGCUGGCUGCGUCCCUCUCUCCAUCUGUCCAGUCUUUUUUACUUUGGUACCUGAAAGGGAAAUAAACGGAACUAAAUCCAGGCGCGCUAACUGCUCGCUGAGCUCAGCGAGGGUGGGGUGACCCACAUAGCUAUUGCAGCCCCUAACCUGCCAGCAGCCCCAGUUUGUCCCUCUGCCCACUAACUGCUGCACGGGACUUCUCAGGAUCCUUCAUGUCCCUGGGACCCGACUUGCUGGUGCUGCUCCUGACUUCCUUCACCUGUGCAUACACUUCAGGAAUUCAACUGUGCCCUUGAGGGCCUGCCCAGCCCCUUAUCCCCACCAUUUCCCCACCUCAGGUCCCUUUCACCAUUCAUUCAGCUACACCAUCUCCCUAUUAACCUCAUCGCCACAAGCAUGUGUCCCAUCUCUGAACUGCUCCACACACGCAAUACUGACACCAAAAAAAUACUUGCUCCAUCUGCCCCUCCUCAUUGUUCCUUGCCUGCUGCCUGACAGUCUCUUGCCUGCUGCUUGCACCCUAGAGUUGUGGGUCACCUUUAGUACAUAUCCAUGCUAUCCCUUCCUGCACUGAGCCCUUACCAGGAGCCCAGUGGGGGCCUUCCUUGCCUGAUCUCUGCCCUACCCCACCCUUUGCCUGCAAUUGUGUGCUGGUUCCUUCAGACCCCUAACCCUACUAACCAACAGGCUCAUCUCACCUCUGGGCCUGAAACAUUUCUUUUCUUUCUUUUUUCCUCCCCAAUUUUUCCUGGGCGUGGAGCAGCCAAGAAUUUCGGGCUGUUUGACUUUCUGUGAGCCCCCAGCGAGGGGAGGCCCAGCCUCCGAGGAAACCAGGAACCCUGCUUCAACAGCCCCUCAGGGCUUCUCGAGGAUAUGCAGCCCCCACACCCACACUUCAGCAUGUUGAGUCACUGGGCUUCUGGGGAGGGCUCCAGCCCUUUGCCCAUAUAUGAGGGAUUGUUCGCCUUUCCAGAGAGUGUGCGUGCUCUCUCUUUCUCUUUCACACACGUGCACACACACAGGUGCCUAUGCAAGUCCACUUAAGCCUCAGGGCUGG